CUAGGAGAAUCGGGAAAAUAGAGACUAUAAAGAUGAAGAUCGAGACAGUGGAAGGAGAGAUAAUCGUCGGGGAAAAAAACCUAGUCGGGAAAAGAGUGAUUGGGAAGAUGAUGAUUGUGAUGAUGAUUACGACAGGGAUGAUAACGAUAAAGAUCGAAAAGUUAGAAACGAUGUAAGGAGAGAUAAUCGUAUGGAAAAAAACGUGGUUCGAGAAAGAAUUACAAGGACGAUGAUGACGAUUGUGACGAUGAUUACGACAGGGAUGAUGAUGAUAAAGGUAGAGAAGACAGAGACGGUCGAAAGAGAGGCCAUCGUUGGGGUGAACGUGGUCCGGGAAGGAGUGGUAAGGACGAUGAUGACGAUUGUGAUGAUGAUUACGGCAGGGAUGAUAAGAGAGAUGACCGUGGAGGAAAACAUCGUCGAGGAAAAGGCCGUACAAAUUGUUGGGUAAGUAUUUUUGAUUUUUGGAAAUAACACAAUUACCAUGCCUACUAAGCAUCCGUAUCGAGAAUGGUUUGCAUUAUUUUAUAGGAAAAGUGCUUUGCUGAUUUAAUUGACUGUACGAAUGGUAGUUCUACCCGCGGUGAAUGCAUAGAGAAAUUAAAAAAUUGUUUUCAAGGUUGCAGGAAGGUAUGUUAAUUAAGAUUUCCCUACUCUGGACAGUAGUGUACACAAGGUCUUUUUUAAUGUCUGUAAAGUUAUGGCUAAUGCACCAAAUAGUCAUUUUGAAUGCAACGAGGAUCAUUGACUAUAAAAGCUCCUUAAUCCAGAGAACUGGAAUAUGUAAGCAACGUGAAUUGAGUUAAUACAUGGCCAUUCAUGCUAUUUUGACUCGGGGUCGCAGAAUAACUGUUAAACCGGCACCAGCUCACUGCCAUGUUAUUUCUGCUCCUGAAGUGAUCAACGACCAACAAUCCUUUCCUUCGGCGCACAUGCGUUGCAGUUGUGUUAAUUUAAUUUAAAUUAUACACAAGAAUUUAUUUCCUGAAUUCAAAAAUGGUGAUUGUGAAUAUUUUGUUGAUAUAGAAUCGCACCAGGAAUAGCACGUUAGCUGUUCGAGAUUGUUGGGUAUGUUUCAAACGAAAAUAUUUAUUUGAAAUUUCUACUUUUAGCUUUCCCACUCAAGUUUAAUCUUCAAGAUUAGUCAUUCGUCAUACGGGACGACAGGUCUCAGGGUCGUCAACUAGUGGAGAAAAAUGUUUUCACGAAGCGACAUUGCUUUACGAAAAAUCGUUGAGACAAGGAAAUCACCUUAUCUGAUUUGUUGAUUUAUGUCAGAAUGCCCUUCUCUGAUUGCCCAAUUUCAUUUUCCUCCACCACUGCAUAUGGUUGUAUGAUACGAAACCAAUUAUUUCCCUUUAUAAGAGACUUUAACAUAAGUCAAACAACAAAACCUGUCCUCGCGACCAGUCUCCCAAGACAAAUCUCUUAGUGUGUAAUGUGACCGAACAAUAGGAAAUAAUGUUGAAGAAGUUUUUCAAAUACGAAAUGGGUAAUUUAAUUGGGUAUCCCAAAUAUUAUACCAAACCAUCAGACGUAUUAUGAGCAUCUUAUUUUCGAAAAGUGAUAUGUGGUAUGUGUGCUAACUAUAAUGAUCGUUUUCACAGAAAAACUGCACAGAGACACUUUUUGAUUGUUUGGGGAAUGAGAAUACGAAAAGUGCCGUGUGCGUGAAGCAGAAAGAUAUUUGUGGAAGGAAAUGCAAGGUAUGAAUUAGUUCUUUUAUUGGUUUUAUGUUGACAAACGUUUUCUUUACCAUCACAAUUUUUUGUUAUAUCCCUGACUUUCAACUUUCCGAGACACAAAUCAACAGAACGAAAUAUAAACCAAUCAGAUAAUUUUUUAUUCACCUCCUGAGAUAUCACUAAACUUGCCAACCUAGUGUACAUUAGUAAUUCUCUCCUGAUAUCGAUAUGUAAAUUUUAUUGAAACAAUUAUUUUAUCUAGGUUACUAAGUAGCUCAUGAUAGAAACCAAUUUCAUCCAAAAGUUCACUGCGUGAUUUCUAAUCUUUUCGAUCAAAUUAAACAUGUAUGAUGAUAAAUCAUCGCUGGAGCUAACGAUUUAACAAAAUUUGUACAUCUUUAAAAAAUGUAGUUACGACGAGUUGCUUUUGAAAACAUGACGUGCUUUGCCGAGAGAAUUUAUUAUAUUUGACAGGUGUUGUAUUUGUUUUGAAACAAAGCAGACAAAGAACAAAUGCCUAUGACUUGAAAUGUAUGGCACCAAAUCAAAAAACGCGAACACGGUUUGCGCAUACUAUUGUUUAAUAAUUGUUCAAAAAUUAUUAGAAUGACAAAUUUUAAUACAAAAAUAUAGCGGAAAGGUAUUUAAACACAAAUUGCCCUAGAGGAACUUAAAGAAAAAUAUAUAAAUGUAAAUACGAACAAAAGGCAGGACUGGGCUUUGGCGAGUGAAUAAUUAUGAUGUUGUCAUUGAGAAUUAUCCAAUGUUGUCAUACUAAUAACUGAAAAGGAAAAGGCGAUUCGUCCAAUUUUGGCAAAAUUUCCAAACAUUUCUGGUACUAGUAAUCGCCAUCGCAUGAUUACUUGACGUGCUCCAUUCUGUUCUGUCACCAAAAACUGUAAACAUGCUACAUUUAACUUAUUCGAAUUCAAGCGUGUCUGCUAAGGUUUUUCGUUGGCAUUUACUCCUGAAGGAUUCGGAUAAAACGUGUGCGGUGCCCUUCUAUUUGUGGGAAAAUCUGAGAACAUUUCAUUCCAAGUAAAAGACAAAAAGAUAUUGGGGGGGGGGGGACUCUGCUACGCUUCUCCAUUCUGUUAUAUCACCGCAAACUGUGAACCUGUCAGAUUUAACUUAUUUAAGCGUGUUCUGCUAAGGAUUUUCGUUGUCAUUUACUCAUUAGUUUAUCACAAUAUGUGAAAAAACACAAACAAAAAAAAAUUUGCUAAUAUGCCAGCGAAACGCAAAUAUAAAGAAGACAAUGCUACAGAGCCAUCUAAGUUAUCAUUUCCAAUCGCUUCAAAUGGAACAUUUUGGUGUGCUGUUGUUGUAUAUAGAGUAUAAAAUAUGAUAAAGGAUAUUAAAUAAAGAAGCCGCCGCACAAUAUCGACAUCUCGCUCGCAUUUUUACAUUUUCGAAAAACCUUGCGUGAAUCGUAAGAUCUGCUUGACCUUCAUCACAAAUCAAUGAAAAUCCUUUUGAAGAAAGGCUAUUUCAUCACUCGAUAUUUUGUUAAGAAAGCUUUAUAUAUUGAUCACCUAGAACGAUCGCGAAUAUAAAGAUGAUGAGGACGAUAAAAAAUAUGGAAGGAGAGGUCAACGUAGGGGAAGAAAACCUGGUCGGGAAAGGAGUGAUUGGAACGAUGAUGAUGAUUGUGAUGAUGACUACGACAGGGAUGAUGACGACAAAGAUAGAGGCGAUGGAAAGAGAGGUAAUCGUCGGGGAAGAAAACGUGGUCGAGGAAAGAGUGAUUGGAACGAUGAUGAUGAUGAUUGUGAUGAUGAUUGCAACAGGCUUGAUGGCGACAAAGAUAGAAAAGAUAGAGGUGGUGGAAAGAGGGAUCAUCGUAGGGGAAGAAAACGUGGUUGGGAAAAGAGUGACAUGGACGACGAUGAGGAUUGUGAUGAUGGUUACGACAGGGAUGGUAAGAGAGAUGAUCGUGGGGGGAAACAUCGUGGAAGAAAAGGCCGCAAGAGUUGUUGGGUAAGUAUUUUGCAUUUUGUAUUUUUAUAAAAUUAUCAUGCCAACUGAGUACUGAAUAGAUUUUGCUUUAUUUUAUAGCAAAAGUGCUUUGUUGAUUUAAUUGACUGUACAAAUGGUAGUUCUACCCGUGGCGAAUGCAUUGAAAAAUUAAAAAAUUGCUUUGAACUUUGCAGAAAGGUAUGUUAAUUAAGGUUCCCUUACUCAAAUCAGUAGUGUACACAAGGUUUUAUUUAUCAAUGUUUGUCAAUUAAUAUAUAUCUAAACGAGGUUUCAUUGACUAUGAAAAGCCAUAUCCCUGGGGACGGGAAUAUUUAAGAAACCUAAAUCGGGUGACUUGCCAUUGAUACUAUUUUGACUCGAGGUCGCUGAAUUAACGUUAAAUAUCAUGUUGCUGCCAUGUUUCCUCCGCUUCUUGCAUGAUCAGCGAGAAACAAUCCUUUUCUUCGGCCCAGCUGUUUCCUGUACGCUAUACAGCCCGAGCCCCAGAGCGGUCGCCGGCAUGUUAGUAAGCCUUGGAAUUUUGGAAGAGAAACAAAAUGCUUUGUAGCAGAAUUGCUUCUCAACACGCAGCUAGUUAUUCAAAUUAUUGUUACAAAAGCAGUGUAACCCAUGAGUCUUAUAUAGCGUAUUUCCAACUGUUUUUGAAUUCUAAAAGGUAUAAUUAAAACGAUUAUUCAUUACUCGGUCAGAGUAAUGCGCCUUUUGUCUGCGUCACCAAUAGUUCUUCGUUUUUUUUUGGUGUCUACUCUCUACAAGCACUCGGCUAAAAUUCCCUGGUUAUUUGACAUGGAAAUAGGUUAUUUGACAUGGAAAUAACCCUACUUUGGUUAACCUAAUAUUUCUGUUUAAUAUUUGGUCGUUAUUUUGACUUGUUAUAUAGUUAGUCUCAAAGUUCAAUUUUUCUGUUUGCCGAUUGGUCGAAAUCGUAUCACGUGCCGGUCUACAAAAGGUCAUGUUCACUGCAUGCUUUGGCGAGGAGGCAACAGGACAACAAUGAAACAUUUAUUGACUUAUUGACCGGUAAACAAUAGAAUGGGUGCAAUGACCGGUGAAUUAUUCAUACUUUGACACUUAUAUAUAUACUAUAUAACAAAACACUUAUUUACUGAGACCUCGGGAAAGCAGUGUUUUGUGUCCCCUCGAUCGCCGUUAUCGCCCUCGGCUUCGCCUCGGGCAACAACGGCGGUCUCGGGUCCACAAGGUUUCCCUCGGUCUCAGUAAAUAAGUGAUAUAGUCUGGAACAUAUGAACAUAUGUUAGGUGGAUAAAUAACCACUGAUCCCCGCGGCUAUUGUGUUUUUAGAGUGUAAUUUCUUAUCAUAUAAUCAGUCCAUAUUAGUAAUUAUUGGCGGGAAAUUGUGGAGUGCAUGGAAGGGCAGCUGCCCGGCAUUUUAUUUAAAAUUUAAUGUUUGCAGUUGGGUUACUGAUUAUGCACAUAAAUGUGUUACCUUAAUGCGAAAAUAAUUAAUGUGAAUAUUUUGUUGAUAUAGAAUCGCACCAGGAAUACCACCGUAGCUGUUCGAAGUUGUUGGGUAUGUUUAAAACGAAAAUUUUAUUCGAAAUUUCUUUUUUUAACUUUCCAAGAAAUGAGUUGCGUUUCAAUCUUUAAGACUACUGUGUAGUGUGUGAUAGAUUUCAGAAAUGUCGUGGCAUGUGUACUAACAUAAUGAUCGGUUUCACAGAAAAACUGCACGGAGACACUCCUUGAUUGUUUGAGGAAUGAGAAUACGAGAAGUGUUGAUUGCGUGAAGCAGAACAAUGCUUGUGGAAGGAAAUGCAAGGUUUGGCUUAUUCCUUUUAUGUUGACAAUUGAACUUUAUCUUUAUCUUCAUGAUUUUUAGUUAUAGCUCGACAUCUAUAUACAGAGCGUUCCCGGACACAAACAUCAGAACGAAAUUACUCUACACCAAUCAUAUCAUUUUUGAUUCACCACCUGAGAUAUCACUAAACUUGCCAGCCUAGUGUACAGUAGUAAUUGUUUUUUGAUAUCGAUAUUUAAAUUUUAUUGAACCAAUUAUUUUAUUAAGGUUAUUCCACGUAAUAGAAACCCAUUUCACCAAAAACCUCAUAGCGCGAUUUCUAAUUUUGCUCUCAAAUUUUGCAUGCAUGGCGAUAAAAUCAUUCCUUGAACUAGCGACUUAACAAAAAUUCUAUACAUAUUAAAAAGUUGUAGUUUCUACGAGUUGCUUUUGAAAAUAUGUCGUUUGCGUCAUGAGAAUUGCACGCUUCUAAUUUCCUUCAAGGAUUUCUGAAACAGUAUAUUCCCAUCAUUUGAUCAAAGAAAAAAACAAUGUUCGCGUUUUUCGACAGCAGACAAGUUGACUCAUCUAAAUUUGAUGAAAACGAUAAAAUAGAUGCUUAUAGCAUAAUUUACUCAUUAUGAGUUGAUCACAGUAUGUGAAAAAAUCGGAAAACUUGACAAUAUGCGAGCGAAACACAGAUGUAAAGAAAACAAUCUUACUGAGUCAUCCAAAUUAUCACUUCCAACUGCUCCAAAGAGAGAAUUUUGCUGUGUUGUUGUUGCAUAAAAUGUAUUAAGUAUGAUAAAAGAUAUGAAAGAAACAAGCCUUUGCACAAUAUUUAUGUCUCGGUCGCAUUUUAAUUCUUUCGAAAAAUCUCCCGCCCCUCAACAUAAAUAAAUAAAAAUCCAUUUCAAGAUAUAUAGGCCACUUCGUCACUCGAUUUUUUCUCAAUAAACCUUUACUAUAAUCACCUAGAAGGAUCGCAAAUACAAAGAUGAUGAAAAUGAUGAAGAAUAUGGAAGGAGAGGUCAACGUAGGGGAAGAAAACCAGGUCGGCGAAGGAGUGAUUGGGACGAUGAUGAUGAUUGUGAUGAUGAUUACGACAUGGAUGAUAACGAUAAAGAUAGACGCGGUGGAAAGAGAGAUGAAGGAAGAGGACGUGGGGGAAGAGGACGUGGUUGGGGUAAGAGUGGUAAGGACGAUGAUGACGAUUGUGAUGACGAUUACGAAAAAGAUGAUAAGAGAGAUGAUCGUGAGGCGAAACGUCGUCGAGGAAAAGGCCGCAAGAAUUGUUGGGUAAGUAUUCUGCAUUUUUUAUAAUCAUACAAUUAUCAUGCUUACUGAGUAUCGAAUACAUUUUGCUUUAUUUUGUAGGAAAAGUGCUUUGUUGAUCUAAUUGACUGUACGAAUGGCAGUUCUACCCGCAGUGAAUGCAUUGAAAAAUUAAAAAGUUGUUUGGAACUUUGCAGAAAGGUAUGCUAAUUAAGGAUCCUAAAUCGAGUGACUUGACAUUGAUACUAUUUUAACUCAAGGUCGUUGAAUUAAUGUGAACGAAUGGUAGUUCUACCCGCGGUGAAUGCAUUGAAAAAUUAAAAAGUUGUUUUGAACUUUGCAGAAAGGUAUGUUAAUUAAGGAUCCUAAAUCGAGUGACUUGCCAUUGAUACUAUUUUAACUCAACUAUUUUAACUGAAUUAAUGUUAAAUAUCAUGUUCCUGCCAUGUUACCUCCGUUGCUUGCGUGAUCAGCAAGGACCCAGCUGUUUCGUUUUGGACCCAGCUGUUUCCUGUUCGCUGUAGAGCCCCUACCCCAGCGCGGUCGCCAGCAUGUUAGUAAGCCUUUCAAAAUUUGGAAGAGAAAUAAAACGCUUUGCAAAAGAAUUGCUUCUCGACACGCAGAUAUUUAUUCAAUGUAUAUUAUUGUCACGAAAGCACGUAACUCACGAGUCUUUCCAAUUUUUUAAAUUCUGAAUGUAUAAUUAAAACAAUUAUUCCAGUCGGUUUCCGCAUGAUAUCAACAAUUGUUGUAUAGCCAGGGUGAACGCCAAACGUGAUUGGCUGAUUUGUGGUCACGUGACUUCAGAUAAAUGCAAUGUUUCCCGCCGGACAACAAGUGAAAAAUUGUUGCCCGCCCUCACCAGCUACGUACAUAAAUAAACAAAAUGGCGGCACGACUAGCAUAAUUAGAAACCACGAUUUUCCAAAUUUGUGUUCAAAUAAAGAAUGUAAAAGAGAAGAAAAAUACACAACAGGAAACAGGAUAUGCCGCUAAAACAGUUUAAACCUUUAAUUUGAUUUUAAAUUCGUUUACACUAUAGAGUUUUUGUCACUUAAUAUAAUCGUGGUGCGAAUGUUGUUGAAUGCUGUUUUUUGUCGCUGUAUAACAAAGUACUUAAUGUGUGCUCCCUCGGGAAAUAGUGAAUUUUGUUUUCCCUCCAAUAUUCGUCUCCGGAAACAUUGCGAUUCUCUGGAAAACAUAAUUCACUAUUUUGCUUGAGAGCAUACAGUAAGUGCAUACUAUUCCGACUUCGGUCAGAGUAAUCCGCCUUAUUUUGUCUGCAUCACCAACAGUUAUUAUGUCUGCUCUCUAAAAGCACACUGACUAAACACACUGACACUCUGGUUAUUUAACAUGGAAAUAACCCUAUUUUGGUUAACUUAAUAUUUCUGGUUAAUUUUUGGUUGUUAUCCGAACCUACUGCAUAGUCUAGAGCAUACUGUAUGACCAGGAUUUCGAGGUUCAAUUACCCAGACUGUGUUAGGUGGAUAAAUAACCAGGGAUCCCCGGUUUUUAGAGGGUAACUUCUUGUCAGUAUAAUCAGUUCAAUUCAUUAACUAGUGGUGGAAAAUUGGAGAGUGGAAGGGCAGCUGUCCACCAUUUUAUUUACUGUAAAUUUUAAAUAGUGUUCGCAGUUUUGUUAAAUUACACACAUGAAUUUGCUACCUAAAUGCGAAAAUAAUGAUUGUGAAUAUUUUGUUGAUAUAGAGUCGAACGAAGAAUAGUACCGUAGCUGUUCAAGAUUGUUGGGUAUGUUUAAAACCAGAAUAUUUAUUUGAAGUUCCGUUUUUUCAGCUUUCCACGAAAUGGGUCAUGUUUCAAUUUUAUGAUUAGUCAUUUGUCUGAGCGGGUGGCUGCUGGUUUCAGGGAUCGGCCAGGGACCAUCUUGUCUGAAUGAUUUGUUUUUCACACUGUCUUGAUAAAUCAAUUACCCUACUACAAGACUUUAACAUAAGCCAAAUAAUGAAAACUGUCCGCCCGACAGGCCUCUCCGAGUUGUUGCCCACUGUGUGGCCGAACCAUAACAAAUAAUGUUGUUACAGCCCAUUAAAAGAAUUUUGAAUUUUAAAUAUGAAAUGAAUAAUUCAAUUGGGCAUCCGAAUUAUUAUGCCAAAUCAUUUUAGGUGUUAUAAGCAUCUCAUUUUCAGAAUAUAUAUAAAAAGAUGUUAGAAAGGUCGUUGCAUGUGUGCUAACAUAAUGAUCGUUUUCACAGAAAAACUGCACAGAGAUACUCUUUGAUUGUUUGGGGAACGAGAAUACCAGAAGUGUUGAUUGCGUGAAGCAGAAAAAUGCUUGUGGGAGGAAAUGCAAGGUUUGACUUAUUUAUUUUAUGUUGAUAAACUUUGACUUUACCUUCAUUAUUUUUGGUUAUUGCCCUGAAAUCUUUAUACAGAACUUCCCCAAACCACCAGAACGAAAUAUAGACCAAUCAUGUCAUUUUUGAUUCGCCAUUCAGAAAUAUCAUUAAAUGGCCAACCCAAUGUACUGUAAUAAUUCUUUCUUGAUAUCGAUAUUUUAAAUUUUUGAACCAAUUUUUGAACUAACAAAACGCAAAUGUAGAGAAGACAAUGUUACAGAUCGAGCCAUCGAUCUAAAUGGUCACUUCCAACCGCUCCAGAGAAAUAAUUUUGCUGGAUUGCUGUUGUAUGUAAUGUAUAAAGUAUGAUAAAAGAUAUUAAACAAACAGGCUGUUAGACAAUAUUUAUGUCUCGGCAGCAUUUUAAUACUUUCGGAAAACUUUUUGGCAAUCGUAACACCUCCUGCCCCUCAACAUAAAUCAAUAAAAAUCCAUUUGAAAUAAGGCUAUUUUAUCACUGAAUGUUUUCUCAAUAAAGCUUUAUUUUAAUUACCUAGAACGAUCGCGAAUACAAAGACGACGAGGAUGAAGAUGGGAAAGGAUAUGGAAAGAGAGGUCAACGUGGUCGGGGAAACAGUAAUUGGAAGGAUGAUGAUGAUUGUGAUGAUGAUUACGACAGGGAUGAUGACGAUAAAGAUAGAGAAGAUAGAGACGGUGGAAAAAGAGGUCAUCGUAGGAGAGAACGUGGUCCGGGAAGGAGUGGUAAGGACGAUGAUGAUAAUUGCGACAAUGAUUACGACAGGGAUGAUGACGAUAAAGGUAAAGAAGAUAGAGACGGUGGAAAGAGAGGUCGUCGUAGGGGAGAACGUGGUCCGGGCAGGAGUGGUAAGGACGAUGAUGAUGAUUGUGAUGAUGAUUACAACAGGGAUGAUAAGAGAGAUGAUCGCGGAGGAAAACGUCGUCGAGGAAAAGGCCGCAAGAGUUGUUGGGUAAGUAUUUUCCAUUUUUUAUAAUAUUACAAUUAUCAUACCUACUGAAUACACGUAUAUAAAACGUUUUGCUUUAUUUCAUAGGAAAAGUGCCUUGUUAAUUUAAUUGACUGUACGAAUGGUAGUUCAACCCGCGGUGAAUGCAUAGACAAAUUAAAAAAUUGUUUUCAAGGUUGCAGAAAGGUAUGUUAAUUAAGAUUUCCUUGCGCAGGUCAGUAGUGUACACAAGUUUCUUUAAUCUUUAUUGUCUGUAAAAGUAUAGCUAAUGCUCCAAGUAGUCAUUUUGAAUGCAAAGAGGUUUCAUUGACUAUGAAAAACCUUUAAUCCCGAUGACUGGAAUAUGUAGACAACCAACGUGAAUUGAGUGACUGCGUAGUCAUUCAUACUAUUUUGACUUGAGAUAGCAUAAUAACUGUCCAACACCAGGUCACAGCCAUCCUACCUCUGCUCCUGACGUAAUCAUCGAGGAUCAAUACUUUUCUUCGGCGCACCUGCUUGCAGUUGUGUUAAUUUAAAUUAUACACAAGAAUUUAUUUCCAGAAUUCAAAAAUGGUUAUUGUGAAUAUUUUGUUGAUAUAGAAUCGUACGAGGAAUAGCACCUUAGCUGUUCGAGAUUGCUGGGUAAGUUUAAAUUAAAAUGAAAAUAUUUAUUUGAAAUUUCUGCACGCAAUUUUAAUACUCAAGAUUAGUUAUUCAUGGGGCAACAGGUCUCAGGGAUUGGUCAGGGGGCUCCCUCAAACAUUCAUACGGAAGACAAUUUGGAGGCCACAACUAGUGGCGCGAUAUGUUGUCACAUGAAGUGAGAUUUCUUUACGAGAAGUCGCUGAGACAAGAAAUGACCUUGUCUGAUUUGUCAAUUUAUGUCAGAAUGUUCUUCUCUGAUUGCCCAAUAUUAACUUGCCUUCACCACUGCAUGAAUGUUUGAGAUGAAACCAAUUUCCUUUGUAAAAGGCUUGAACAUAGGCGAAACAAUGAAAUCUGUCCGCGGGGCCAGUCUCUCCGAGAUAACUCUUACAGUCUCUUACUGUGAGUGUGACCGAACAAUAGGAAGUAAUGUUGUUACAGUUCAUUUGAAAAAUUACAAAUUAAUUUAAAAUAUGAAAAAUGUAAUUUAAUUGGGUAUUCGCAAUAUUAUCCCAAACAUUUAGUACCAUUAGACGUAUUAUGAGCAUCAUAUUUUCGAAAUAGCUAAAAGUAGAUUUUAUAACCGUUGCUGCAUGUGUGUUAACUAUAAUGAUCGUUUUCACAGAAAAACUGCACAGAGACACUUUUUGAUUGUUUGGGAAAUGAGAAUACGAGAAGCGCCGUGUGCGUGAAGCAGAAAGAUGCUUGUGGAAGGAAAUGCAAGGUCUGAAUUAGUUAUUUUAUAAGUUUUAUGUCGAAAAUUUAUGUAUUUUUGGUUAUACCCCUGACAUUCAUAUACAGAGAACUUUCCCAGGCACAAGCCACCAAAACAAAUUAUAAACUAGUCAGAUCAUUUUUAAUUUGAUUCAUCACCUGCGACAUCACUAAACUUACCAACUUGAUAUACAAUAGGGCCUAGUAAUUGUAAGUGGUUCAAGUAAAAACGGAUUUCAGAAACUUUACGAUCAGAACACGUUUCAGAAACUUUAUUAUGAAUCCUGGUGGCGCAUUUACCAUUUUUAAUAGUUGACAUUAUGUUGGUUAUGAAAUAGUAAAAAGUUUUCCGUAUGCUGUGCAUAACGUUUUGUUUUUACUUGAACCACUCACAAUUAUUUCUUGGUAUAUCUAAUGUAAAUUUAGUAUGUAAGGUAAUUUGGUACGUGAUAUCAAUUUUAUUGAACCAAUUAUUUUAUUAAGGUUACUUGAUAGAAACCAAUUUUAUCUAAAACCGCAUCAGUAUGCGCAAUUUCUAUUUUUACGCACAAAUUAAAUAUGCAUGAUCAUAAACCAUUGCCGGGGAUUGCGAUUUAAUAAAAAAAUUGUACAUCUUUAAAAACUGUAGUUGCGACGAUUUGCUUUUGAAAACAUGACGUGUUUAGCGUAAUAAAAUUGCACGCUUUUUCAUUUGGUGCAAGGGCUUCCAAGACAUUAUAUUUCCCGUCUCAAAAGAUCAAAGGACAAAGAAAUGUUCGUAUUUUAUUUACUUUUAUUUGUUUUGAAAUAAAGCAGACAAAGAACAGAUUCCUAUAACUUGAAAAGUAUGACACCAAAUCAAAAGACACGAACACGGUUUUGCAUACUCCUAUACUGUUGCUCAAUAAUGUGCCAAACUUUGGAUGAAGGAUUCGGAUAAAACGUAUGCAUGCGGUGCACUUCUAUUUUUUGUGGGGACAAUCUGAGAACAUUUCAUUACAAGUAAAUGACAAAAAGAGAUUGAUGGGGGGAGGGGGGGGGGGGCUAUGCUACGCUUCUCCGUUCUGUUUUAUCACCGCAAACUGUGAACCUGUCAGAUUUAACUUAUUCAAGCGUGUUCUGCUUAGGUUUUUCGUUGUCAUUUACUCAUCAGUUUAUAACAAUAUGUGCGAAACAAACAGACAAAAAAGAACUUGCUAAUAUGCCGGCGAAACGCAAAUGAAAAGAAAAUAAUGCUGCAGAGCCAUCUAAAUUAUCAAUUCCAAUCGCUUCAGAUGGAACAAUUUGCUGUGUUCUUGUUGUAUAUAGUGCAUAAAAUCUGGCGUGAAUCUUAAGAUCUCCUAACCUUAUCAUAAAUCAAUGAAAGUCCUUUUGAAGAAAGGUUAUUUCAUCACUCGAUAUAUUUUUAAAAAAUCUUUACUAUUGAUCACCUAGGACGAUCGCAAAUACGAAGAUGACGAGGAUGAAAAUGACAAAGAGUAUGGAAGGAGAAGUCAACGUAGGGGAAGAAAACGUGGUCGGGGAAGUAGUGAUUGGGAGAAUGAUGAUGAUUGUGACGACAGGAAUGAUGAUGACGUCAAAGAUAGAGAAAACAGAGACGAUGAAAGGAGAGAUCGUGGUCGGGAAAGAAAACGUGGUUCGAGAAUGAAUGACAGACAAGAUGAUGAUGAUUGUGAUGAUGGUUACGACAGGAAUGAUGACAAUAAAGAUAGAGAAAAUAGAGAUGGUGUAAAGAGAGGUUAUCGUAGGGGAGGAGAACGUGGUCGGGGAAAGAGUAGUAAAGGCGAUGAUGACGAUUGCAAUGAUGAUUACGAUAGAGAUGAUGACGAUAAAGAUAGAGAAGGUAGAGACGGUGGAAAGACAGGUCGUCGUAGGGGAGGAGAACGUGGUCGGGGAAGAAGUGAUAAGAACGAUGAUGACGAUUGCGAUGAUGAUUACGACAGAGAUGAUGACGAUAAAGAUAGAGAAGAUAGAGACGGUGGAAAGAGAGGUCGUCGUAGGGGAGGAGAACGUGUUCGGGGAAGGAGUGGUAAGGACGAUGAUGACGAUUGCGAUGAUGAUUACGACAGAGAAGAUAACGAUAAAGAUAGAGAAGAUAGAGACGGUGAAAAGACAGGUCGUCGUAGGGGAGGAGAACGUGGUCGAGGAAGGAGUGGUAAGGACGAUGAUGACGAUUGCGAUGAUGAUUACGACAGGGAUGAUAAGAGAGGUGAUCGUGGAGGAGAACAACGUCGAGGAAAGGGCGGCAAGAAUUGUUGGGUAAGUAUUUUGCAUUUUUUAUAAUUAUACAAUUAUCGUAGCUCCUGAGUAUCCAAAAUACUGAGUAUUGAAAACUUUCUGCUUUAUUUAUAGGAAAAGUGUUUUGUUGAUUUAAUUGACUGUACGAAUGGAAGUUCUACCCGCGAUGAAUGCAUAGAGAAAUUAAAAAAAUGUUUUCAAGGUUGCAGGAAGGUACGUUAAGAUUUCCUUUCUCAAGACAGUAGUGUAUACAAUAGGUUUUCUUUAUUGUCUGUGAAAGUAUAAUGUAGCUAAUGUACCAAAUAGUCAUUAUAAUUGCAACCAGGUUUUAUUGACAAUAAGAACCUCAAUCCUGGGACUGGAAUAUGUAAGCAACGUGAAUUGAGUGAAUGGCCAUUCAUACUAUUUUGACUCGAGAUUGCAGAACAACUGUUAAAUGCCAGGUGACUACCAUGUUAUCUCUACUCCUAACGUAAACAUCGAGGAACAAUCCUUUUCUUGGGCGCACUUUAGAGUUUUGUUGAAUUAUGCCCGUGAGUUUGUUUCGUGAAUUCAAAAAUGGUAAUUGUGAAUAUUUUGUUGAUAUAGAAUCGCACCAGGAAUAGCACCUUAGCUAUCCAAGAUUGUUGGGUAUGUUUUAAACGAAAAUAUUUAUUUGAAAUUCCUAUUUUUAGUUUUCCUACGCAAAUAGUCAUGUUUUAAUUUUCAAAAUUAGUCAUUCAUCACACGGGCCGACAGGUUUCAAAAUUCGGUCAAGGGACCAGCAAACGUUCAAACGGAAGACAAUUGCAGCCCACAAGUAGUGGCGGGAUAUUGUAUGUGUUCAAACGAAGCAAUAUACUUUGCGAGAAGUCGCUGAGAUAAGAAAUCAUCUGCUCUGAUUUGUCAGUUUAUGUCGGAAUGUCGUUCCCUGAUUGUCUAAUUUUAAUUCUCUUCGACGACUGGUCGUAUGAUAUGAAACCAUUUUCCUUUGUAAGAAAGAUAAGAUAAGAUAAGAUAAUUUUUAUUUAUACUCUUUCAUUACAUAGUGCGAAUUUGAAAAACACAACAACAAUUACAAAUACAGAAAUUAGAGUAAAGGCUACCUAUAAUAACUAUAUAAAAGCUAAUAAAUUUAGGUAGCACAUGUGACUCCACUUGGAGACAAAACAAGACGGCAAAUAAGAAAUUACAAUAGAAAUGAGAUAUUGAUUAAUUCAUUAUUGAUCAGAAAUAAUCGAAUUAAACAAGAAAAGUAUAUUAAGUAUUUAGGAAUUCUACUCCAUUCAAACUUAAGCUGGAAAUAUCAUAUUUCACAUUUGGCAAAAAAAAUUAAACGCUGUAUUGGUAUUAUUUCAAAAAUUCGCUACUUCGUUGGCACAGAAAUACUCCAACAAUUAUACUAUACAUUGAUUCAUCCAUAUCUAACAUAUGCUUUAACGGUAUGGGGUAAUACAUAUGCAUCCAACCUAAAUGUUUUAACUUUAUUACAAAAAAAGGUAGUAAGAAUGAUAACAUUCUCUAGCUUCAAAAGUCAUACCUCUCCACUUUUUAAGCACCUUAACAUACUUAAGUUUCCUGACUUAAUAUAUUAUCAAAAUGCUCUAUUUAUGUUUGAUUUUCACACCGGCAAUUUACCAACUAUAUUUGAUAAUUUCUUUAAAAAUGUUACUGAGGUGCACAAUUACAAUACGAGGUCUUCUGCUAAACAGCUACUAUACCUUCCAAAAGUUCGAACAAAUUAUGGCAAGUUCAACAUACGUUAUCGUGGCAGCGUAGUCUGGAAUUCCAUUGAUAUGGAAAUAAAAUCCUUAAAAAGAUGUAAAUUUAAGGCGUCAUUAAAAAAAUCACUCCAUCAACCGUACCUUUGACGAAUCUGGUUUUGUAGACAUCUUUGAUGAUACAAUAUUUAUACUUCCAUGUAAAUAACUUUAUAUUUAUGUGUGUGUCGUCUGUUUUUUGUCUUCUAUGAUAACGUUUUGAUGUAUUAGUGAGCUAAGUCUUUUUCUUUUUCUAUUGUAAUUUCUUAUUUGCCGUCUUGUUUUGUCUCCAAGUAGAGUCACAUGUGCUACCUAAAUUUAUUAGCUUUUAUAUAGUUAUUAUAGGUAGCCUUUACUCUAAUUUCUGUAUUUGUAAUUGUUGUUGUGUUUUUCAAAUUCGCACUAUGUAAUGAAAGAGUAUAAAUAAAAAUUAUCUUAUCUUAUCUUAAGAAAGUUUAACAUGAGCCAAUGUCAAUGAAAUCUGUCCGCGCGACCAGUCUCUUCAGUCAGGUGUCUUAGUGUGUAGGGUGACCAAACAAUAACAGAUAAUGUUACAGAUCAUUCGAAAAAUUUGAAAUUUGAGAUAUAUAAAAUGUAGUUUAACUGGCUAUUGUAAAAUUAUGCCGAACCGUUAGACGUAUUUUGAGCAUCUUAUUUUUGAAAUAUAUAUAAAUAGAUUUUAGAAUCGUUGCGGUAUGUGUGCUAACUAUAAUGAUCGUUUUCACAGAAAAACUGCACAAAGACACUCUUUGAUUGUUUGAGGAAUGAGAAUACGAGAAGCGUCGUGUGCGUGAAGCAGAAAGAUUCUUGUGGAAACAAAUGCAAGGUUUGACUUACUCUUUUAUCAGUUUUUUGUUGA